UUCCGUGAAGGGACUGCAUUGAGUCCUACCCAAUACGGGGGAUAAUAUCCCACUAUGCCAGGCGGCGAGGGGUCAAAUUCCCCGAUCAAUUUUAAUGAUGUUGCAACGUCUUUGUCAAAAUCAAUUCUCAGUGAUGAUAAGUGUGGAACACGGUGUGAUGAGAGUGAGGGUGAUGCGAUGACAAUUGGUGAUGGUGUUAGGAGGAGAAAGGUCAUACGGGCGGCUAAGGAAACAUUCGAUAAGGCAUCAAGACUUUUAAGACGCAAAAUACCAUGCACUGGCCAUCUGAUGACCCCCCGCCGCCUCUGGAUCCAAAAAGUUCCAACUCAAGAGUGCGACGUUGUUGUAAUGUUUCCAAGUGGUGCCAGUGAUGAAACAUUAAUGUGGCUCCUUGGAAGACUACGAGCAGGUACACCAGGACUCGUAGUACACGUUCGUCAUCAUGCGUCUUCGGAUAGUUAUGGAUUCUACCUCACAGCACCUUUCCCAAUACUCCUCAAAGCAGCCGAGGAGAUGCACCUCCCGAAAGCCCUCCGUCAAGAGUACGGUGGCGGUCUGAAGGAAUUUGUAUGCACCGAGACAAGUUGCUUUGAGGGCAGCGAUGACGAGACACAGUUUUUCACAACCCAAGAGAGACAGUCUCUCGUGCUUCAUCUCCUCCAUACAUUAAGGGCAGGUCAGCAGGACCUGAAAAGUCUUCCGGGUAUCAAGUUAGUGGAAGGACAGGCCAUUAUUCCCAAGUGCAUUUCAGCUGGUGUCAUCUCUCAGGUAUUUCCUCUCCACGAGCUACCAGCACUCGAGAAACUUCAGAAGAGCUGGGUACGAGCAUUCUUCAGCCCUCAGCCCCUUGACGACAUCUGUAAUUACUUUGGUGUUAAGAUAACAAUGUACUUUGCAUGGCUGGGACAUUAUACCACCGCCCUCGUCGUUCCUGCUGCAGUGGGUGUCAUAUUCUGGGUCGGCAUCAUCGGAAGGAACCAGGCGGUGGAGGACGUUGCCUACGUAUUGUUCUCCAUUCUCAACGUCAUCUGGGCAACCGCAUACCUCGAAACUUGGAAGCGCAAGGGCGCAGAGCUUGCCUACAAGUGGGGCACACUAGAUCAGAGGGAUGAUCUCUUAGUUGAGCCUAGACCACUCUUUGUGGGAACACUGCAAGUAUCGCCAGUUACUGGAAGACUUGAGCCUACCUAUCCAAACUGGAAAAGAAACGCUAUCCGUUACUGCAUAACUGUACCUGUCAUUGCAGUCUCUCUCUUCUUCGUCUUUAUUGUUAUGAUUCUCAGUUUUCAAAUACAGGACUGGUGGGACGCUCGACUGGAAGCAGCAGGCUACGGUUUUUGGUUGAGUUACGUGCCAAAAGUUCUGUUAGCAGUGGUGAUCGCAGUGAUGGAUGAAGCGUACUUCAAAAUAGCUGUUUGGUUGAAUGAUUUGGAAAACUAUCGUCUUGACACCGAGUACGAGAAUCAUCUGAUCUACAAAGUGGCACUGUUUCAGUUCGUCAACUCAUUUUUAUCACUCUUUUACAUCGCAUUUUAUCUUCAAGAUCAAGAAAGAUUGAAAGAGCAACUAGCAGCGUUAUUGAUAGCUCGUCAAGUGAUAAGUAACUUGAAGGAAUCAGCAAUUCCCUAUCUCAUCGAGCAGCUCCGUCUUGCUCGCAUGAGUUUCGAACUCUUUGGUGCUUUAAGCCCAAGUGAAGCUCGGGCACCUCCAGGUACAACUGAAGAAAAACCAUCAGAAACGCAGCCCGAGGAAAUAGAUGAAAAAGAUGCCAAAGAGGGACAGAAGGGAAAACAGCAGAGGACAAUUAGCCAAGCGGAGCUUGAAAGUUCUCUCUACAGAGUAGGACAUCCUACUAAUUCUCUACUUAGUGACGUUACCUUCAAGUAUGAUGGAGCGUUCUCAGAGCAUUUGGAGAUGCUGUCACAGCUGGGAUAUGUUUGUUUGUUUUCAUCUGCAUUUCCACUCGCUGCGAUGGCUGCUCUUUUGGGAAAUCUUCUGGAACUUAGGGGGGAUGCUUUCAAGUUGUGUUUUGUUCUCCAACGACCUUUUGGGAGACGAGUUUCUAGCAUUGGAACUUGGCAGAAUGCAAUGGAAGCAAUGGGACUCGUAGCAAUCCUCGUCAACUGCGCUCUGAUAGGUCUCAGUGGUCAAGUACAGCGAAUGUUUCCAGAAAUGUCAGUGCCUCAGACUAUUCUCUUAAUCGUCGCUCUGGAGCACAUAAUGAUGGCCAUACGUUUCAUAAUUACCAUCAUUAUCCCUGACAUUCCUACGUGGGUGGCAACUGAAAUGGCUAAAGUUGAAUUUCUCCGGAGAGAAGCAGUUCGUCGUCUGUCCUCCACACCAUCACCAGAACAGACGCAAACGGUCAUAGGGAGGUUCGUGGUGAGUACAGCAGACGGUGAAAGUGACGAGGGGAUAUCAACCCUGGAAAAAAACAGCAUGACAACGAAUGAGACACAAGAUGCCCUGGCUUCAUCGACAGGGCACACUCCAAGCAGCCCGCCAACUCCAGCAGCGUAUGGCCAAGUUCCGAGGAUCGCUGAGACCCCACCCCAACUGGAAACACCAGGAAGCGUCACGAGUGAUGGUAGCAGCACAUUUUUACCCGGUUACACCGUUGGAAGUCGAGAUUCUCAUAAUACUCCGCGUUGCUCCAUUCCAGGAGGCGAAAAAGACUUUUUUGUUGUUCGGGGCUCGCUAGACCCUUUUGUUGUCUCAGGGCGACGAUCCAGAGACUGGUUAUCAAGCGAGCAAGAAUCAUCACCUGGGACUGAUCAGUACAGUCAUCACCUCACUAUAGGUCAUCAUGGAGGGAUCGAGUGGGUCCGACGACUUGGCUUGGAGAGUUCUGGAGGAAGGAAGUCCAGUGAUUCUGAGAUCAGUGCUACACCUGGGAGUGGAAGCCCUGGACCCACUACUGAAGACAUUUCACUUCAUCGGUCCACUGACUGUAUCGUCUCAAAGGAACUUGCAUCCUCAUCGGACAGUGAUUUGUUACGAUCUGCACCGCCUUGGUCCCUAGCUAACCGAAACCAGAAAUUCCGCUUUUCACCGGAGAAAGAAACAGCGAAAAUCCGCGAAAAGCCCGAGAGACAAAUCAUCCAGCAAAUUCCUCAAUUUCAGCAUCAUCGAGUGCCUAAAGAACCCCAACCCGAGACUCGAGAUCGUCGUUCUUUCGGCCAUGCAGAAGCAGGUGGUCUCUCCGACUCUAGUCGCACUCUUUCCAGCCAAGAGGAAGACAAACCCUCGAAAGAGGAACGAGAAGCCAAGAAGACCCGUGUCAAGCAAAGCCUAAUGAAACGAGCCCGCUCUGUUGCAAUAUUCUCCCUAAAGUUGAAAGAACGUCGAGCCCGAGAGGCAGAGGUCAAAGCCAAAGAGGCUGAACGUGAGGCUCGAUGGCAGCAGCCGCAAUCCUGUGUAGGUGGGGAACUCUCCUGCAUUCCCAUCGAACAAUUAAUAUCGGUCGAUGAUAUUGCCGCUAUGGAGGGGCGCAGAAUGAAUCACUAGUGAACAAAAAUCAAUGCACACGUAUACCGAAGUACAAGCACUUAAUUUGUGUCGCUACAUAGAAGAAUGGGGAACGAAAAAACGAAAAACUGAAACAAUAAUUCUGGUGGCGAAGUCUUAAGAGGAGAUUUAUCUAUCAAACCAAUGGAUUUAGAGGAAGAUAUCGGGAAACUUUCUUGUAGUCUUUAAAAUUUUACAAACAAAAAGGUCUACUGAUGUUUUCCUUUCAAUCAUUUGAUUUCGCUGAUUUUCACGAGACAAUCUGCUAAUUCGUCUGUGGAGAUGAGGACAAGCUCAAAACCUUUAGCAUUGAAACCAUUUUUAAAAUAUCUCCGAAAUUGUUGAGUUUUCAAUUUCAUGAACUACAAAAAAAGUUUAUGACAUUUUGCUCUAAAUCUCUUCCUUUGGGAGAUAUUCGCAGGAUGAUCAAUAUGAAAUUAAUAGAGCCACCUCCCCUUAUCACUUCCCUACUAACUUGUUCUGCAGCGAUGGAAUUGGACAGAAUUUUAUCAUUAUACGACGCACAAUGAAACCAGACAUCGAGACGCUAGCCCAUUGCUUGAAGAAUUCUUAAGGAAUUGAGAAACAUGCCUUCACAUCCAUCCACAAGUUAACCGAAAAAAAUGAUGACAAAUUCAUGCAGAAAAUAUAGAACAUUUAAUCGUACCUUUCCCUCAGUGUCAUUCAAUCACAUCGCCCUGGUCAAUUUGAGAUCGAGUGGGUUAAUAAGUAUUUUGAAAAAUGGGAAAGAGACGAAAAGCCAUUGAAGACGUUGAUGACUCGUAGUACCUAGAAGCUAGAUAGUUAACGCUAAUUAGGUUUAAAAACGUCCAGAGAAUGAAGAUUUUUGUAAAGGUAGCUCAUCUCGAGUGAUAAAAAAUAUUAUCAACCUGCAAAAUUACUAUGACAAAAUCAAGAAAACAAACUGAUUUAAGAUGAUAGCAUUUCUGUACCGAAAUAGUAAGAGAAGGUGAGUCUAAAAACCCCAUCUAGACUAUUGUGUAAAUAUCUUCAGAACUGCAGAACACUGGGUUUAACCUUUAAACAACAAAAUAUUAGCUGAGCAGGAAUCGAAAAUGAUUCAUGCAAAAUAGCUAGAAUGUGUAUUUCCAAAAUUCUGAUGUUCAAUAAGUUAUGAUAUAACAAAAAAAUUGAAGUAAAAAAUUGGAUUGGUUAUUCAAAUAACUUCAAAACUGGCUCCAUCAAGAUUAUAAUUGAAAAAAGUAAUUCCUAGUAGUAAUUCUAUACUUUUUUUGGAAAAUUAGAAUAAAAAUUUAUGUAGCUCAAAAACUAAGGAGACUAGACUAUUUUCAAUGUCUAGUGUCUGCGCGGUAAACGGACAGUAAAAUUGAUUUUCAUAGUAAUUCUUUGUUUUUAUAUAUAUUUAAUCGAUCUUCAAUAUAUGACAAAUAUCACUUCAGUAGUCUGCGACUUUGAGAACUCAUAGUAGUUUACUCUUAAGUUCCGCACUCAUGGCGUGAGGCACUCUUCAUACAGUUAACAUAGCAAAAAAAAAUGUCUGAACUUCACACACCUUUUGUAGACAUUUAUCAGACACUAAAAAACGGAAUAGAAU